UACAACCACGACAGAUACAACAGCAGCGAUAGAAGACAAACAGACACCAACAAAACUCAAUCGCGGUCACCUGUUAAUGAAAGAGGGACUGUUCCAGGUGAACCGACCACAUCACCUAUUGAUAUUGAUCAUGGCGAGCUUAACUGUACCAUACCUGAGUCCACCGAUGUAAAAUUUGUGACACUUUCCGGCGAGGAAUUGAAAGAGGGAGCGCAGAUUCUUCAUGGUAGACAAAUUUUAGCUGAGAUGGAAUGUACGGAUUACUACGAGGGUUACUACCUAGAUUACGAAGACGCUGAUGGAGAAGUAACUAGUCCACCAACAAGACUUCUUAGUACGAUAGUUAAUUGUACAGAGGGAGUGAUCUCAGAUUAUACACUUGAUUGUGACGAUGUAGAAACUUCUGAUAUUCCCGUUACAAUUCCGGAGGAGUGCAAGACUGUACCAAAUGGCGAGGUCACAGAUAACGGCCAAUCAUUUCAGUGCAAUGAGGAUUACGUUCACGCUGACAGCCUUUUGUACGAGAGAUACAGUUGUUCAUGUGACAGAACCAUCCCUGCCUUGGUGUGCAAUGGAAGGCAGGCUAAGUGCAAACCAAUUAACUGUAAAUUAAACAGUUUUAUUGAACAAGGGAUGACUCUUAAGUACAGAUCGAAGUUCAUCACUGCUUCGACCAUAGAUGCGAUCGAUCACGGAGAAUCAGUCAUGCUUAACUGUGAAACUGGAGCAAACGGUGUAACAUACGAACCAAAAAGGCGGAUGUUUAAAUCUGACCGGGGAAAGUGGUUUGAAGAUAACAGAAGAGGUAGUGUAUGGUCGUUAGGUAACAAUGGAACGUUUCCCAAAUGUCGACCAGCAAAGUGUGAGUGUCAGAACGGAGGAACAUGUAUUCGAGAUGAGACGUGUAAAUGUUCACGGUUCACAAAGGGCCUGCAAUGCGAAACACCUCUUUGUCCCGGGCAAUGUCAAAACGGUGGAACGUGUAUCUCUCCAAACAGGUGCAGCUGUCCGUAUGGAUUCUCUGGCAGUCGUUGCGAAAAAGCUCGGUGUGACGAUGGAUGUCAGAACGGUGGGACAUGUACUUCCCCAAACAAGUGUAGCUGUCCGAAUGGAUUCUCUGGCAGCCGUUGCGAAUCAGCUCGGUGUGACGGAGGAUGUCAGAACGGUGGGACAUGUACUUCCCCAAACAAGUGCAGCUGUGCGGAUGGAUUCUCUGGCAGCCGUUGCGAAUCAGCUCUGUGUGACGGUGGAUGUCAAAACGGUGGGACAUGUACCUCCCCAAACAGGUGCAGUUGUCCAAAAGGAUUCUCUGCUAGUCGCUGCGAAACAGCUCUUUGUGACCGUGGAUGUCAAAACGGUGGGACAUGUACCUCCCCAAACAGGCGCAACUGUCCGAAAGGAUUUUCUGGUAGUCAUUGCGAAACAGGCAAGUCCUUAUGCAAUUGUUCAAAUAAAUACAGUUAACGGCCUAAUGUUAAAUCGUUGAGUUCAUGUAUCACAUUUUGAUGUUCGUGAUAACUCAGUUUUAGAAAUAAUUGUUAAAACAAGCAUUGGAUUAACAGAGCACAUGGAGAAAUACUAAAUUAACCUUUUUUCACAGCAGCUAAAGUAUAUUAAAAUGUAGCAGUACGUAAUACUUGGCGGGUUUUGUUUGGUCUUCAAUGCAUUUCAGACGACAGGCCUGGCGCAGCCAUGUGCUGGCUAAUUGUUUAGAACACCAUAAUGAAUUGCUUUCUCUCUUCAUGAUCAACGGAAAAUACGCUGCUGAUGCCUAUAUAUUAGGGAUGGCAACGAGUACCCGAAUACUUGAGUACUCGAUCGAACAUCCGAGUACUCGAGUACCAAAUCACUACUCGAGUACUCGGAAGACAAUCUAUAAAAAUCACGAAAUACACGAUUUACAGACAAAAUAUCAGAUCUGGUUAUUUGCCAAUAGGACAAUUUACGGUCCCUCUAAUCCCCGCUGUGUAUACAAUUGACCUCAAUCAAUUGUUGUGAUAGUUGCAAACUGUCAACAAAGGACCCCUAUUUCAAAUUAGCACUGAUGUCAAUUAGCGAAGUUUUGAUAGCGGUACUUUCACCUACACAAUUCUACUGUAUACCAAUUAGAGACCUUUCACCAAACAAUGGACGCUAACGAGCGAAAGAGUAUCGACCGUUACGAGAAUUGAUUUCUUAAUGGGCGUAUUUUAACUAUUUUUGCAAUGAUUAUUACAAUUGAUUGGUUGAUAUUUUAAAUCAAGAAUUAUGAAUAUUAAUGAGGUAAACAACAAUUACACAGUAAAAAAAUAAUUUGCAGAGUAAACAACCAAAAAACUGAACUUCGUAUUGAAUUUCGUUCACUUUUUUAUGUAUGCUAUUAAUUUUCGUUCAUUAAAAUUCUGAUUGUUGUUCAUUUCUGCAGCGCAUACUUGUAUAAAAUGAAACGAAUAAAACAAAUUAAAAGCCUAAAACAACAUUUGUUUUAUUUUUAUAACAUUUUUGUUAACAUACGUAAUGAAAACUUACUUUAAAGGUGAAAAUGACUAAUAAUACGACCAACGCACAAUAUACGCCAUUAACGAUACAUGUAUACACAAUCUUGUCUUCGCGAACACAUAUUCAAUUUUUCCGAGUAAUCGAGUACCCGAGUACUCGAUCAAACGAGCGUCCGAGUACUCGGGUAUUAAUUUUACUAGUCGUUGCCAUCCAUAAAUUAUAUACAUUGUCAUAAGUUCGUUUUCCAAUUAUAUCUUUUGGUGAACAUUUCUUUUGUUGUAAACGAGAAUACAUCAACUCAUUUUCGCCGACGACGUCACAUAUCAUUCAUACAGAUUACAAAUUUAAACAUAAGAUACACAUUGUUAAUGUUUGCAAACAUAUACAACAUUGAUUGAAAUCAAAAGAUGUUCAAUCAUUAUGUUGAAAAAUUUUUCAUGUUCGAAUGCUAGUUCACGGUUUAUUUUCUGAGAUAUUUUUUUAAAGGUCGCGAAUGCGCACCGACUAAUUAAAGGCAUUCGCGGUGUAUUUUUCGCUGAACACGAAGAAAGUUAACCUUAUUUUUGGUCUUCCUAAAAAUAGCAAUAAACGUAUUGCUACUAUUCUCAAUAACUAUUUAGCUGUAGGCUGAUAGUUAAAUACAUCCUAUUUUUAUAAGCUCAGUUAAUCAAACGCAUACAUACAAACCUAUCACCUAUACUUAGUUACCGCGAAAUUCAAAACAUUUAGACAGUCGUUGUAAACAAUAGGUUAAAACUAAACAUUUACAUUAACGAUUAACCAUUAGGCCCUUAACUGUAUUUAUUUUUAACGUUAAUAAAUGCGACAUCAAUUGUGGAUGGAAAUCAAACGGGAUUUUGUAAGCCACAAUGUGAAGUAAUUUUGCAUGCUUGAGCAUGUUCUAUAUGCCACCAAUUUACCUCUCGCAGAACUCUUAAAAAUAUAACGGCAACUAAUCUUUUAGCGGCACAAAGCUCAUUGCACUUUACAGGAGACGAACAAUAUCACAAGAAUACACAGACAGAUCAGAUAUACAUCAACAUAUAUGCCCUAAGGGGUACAUCAAAUAAAGGUUUUGGGUGGUCUGGGGGUAUGGAUACCCCUAUAUAUAGACAAGGGAUCCAGCUGUCAAAAUCACAACGUACAAUAAAUAAGACAUUACAGGAUACACAGACCUGCUAGUGAUUAAAAAUUGAGGUUUGUGAGAUAUAUUUGGAUUACACUUUUAAAAGCAUUAUUCAUUUCCCUUCGUCCGCGUGCAGUUGAUAUGUUUUAGAGGCGAACAUCACCAAUUUCCGGUGAACGCGAUAUUGUCGGCACAAACACUUUUGAUUAACAUUGAUGAGUUUCUGAGCUCGCUGUGCAAAAAAGAUUUUAUAAUAGCAAGAAAAGAAAAUGUGUUCUGUGGUGAUGAACGUUUAAGCUGUGUCAGGGUGUAUCAUCUGGAAAAUUGGAUAAUUUUUUUGACUUUUAUGGCAGUUUAUAAUGACCUUAUACCAGCUGAUUUUGACAGCUGGAUCCCUUGUCUAUAUAUAGGGGUAUCAAUACCCCCCGACCACCCAAUACCUUUAUGUGAUGUACCCCUUUAUAUAGCCACUUUAAUUCGUUAAACCACGAUAAAAACGUACGAUAAAAAUAUAUACACGCGCAUUAGGACUUGCCUGUUUCGCAAUGAAUGCCCGAGAAUUCACCCGAACAGCUGCACUUGUUUGGGGAUGAACAUGUCCCUCCGUUUUAACAUUCCUCGUCACACACUGUGUGGAAAUGGACACCGGAUAUAGCUCGAAAAAUGAUCAAUCAAUAAGCAUUUGAUUCUGACACAUGGUAAGUUUUUUGUUAUUAUUAUUUUAUUUUAUAGUGAUAUUUAUCAAAUUCGAAGAGCUUCGAAUAGAUCAAUCCUGUGCAAUACACGACUAUAAUGGAAAUGUGUCUCCUCUUUUGUAUAAUAGCAAAAUUCUCGCCGAAAGUUGCAUGAUCGUUCACAAAUGUUCAGUUAUGUGGUACGAUUUCAAACAUAAAACAACAAAUAGAAAAUAAGAAUAAAAACUGAAUCGAGCGAUUUCAUUAUAAUUACAGCAUCUAAUAUUGUGUAUGAUAUCAAUACGAUAUGUUUUGUUGUUAUGGAAAUAUUCAUCCUUUUUGAUGACCUGAAGAUGUACCGGGGAUAGCUGAAGCAAAUAAAUAACUGCACAGGGGAUAGCUAUUAGCUGUACUGAGGAUAGUUGCGAUGUAUUUAUAUUAACGAGACUGUGAUGAUGGUUACGUCUUCUUAACUCUAUGCAAGCUCAGGGAAAAUUGUCCAAUGUUGUCCAUAUCGAUAAAUUAGAGCAAUAAUGUUACUGUUAUAUGAAUAGUAUACCUUACAUAAAUGUGUCCCUUGUUUGUAUAUAUAAAUAAAGAUGAUCGGUCCGUAUGUCUUUGCAUUCUAAUGAAAAUUCAGUUUUAUAUCAUCAGCUGUCCAUAUCAUAAAUAUAAUAUUGACAGGUGACGUCAUACAACUAGUAAGUGCGGCUUGCUAUUUUCACAACGACGUAGAAAAGUCGCAAGAAAACUUCAUUAGCUUUGUUUAUAAAACACACCUACAGCGCUUUAAAAGUAUUUAAUGGUAAUAUAAAAGAUUCGGUAUAAUAUAAAAAAUAUUUACAUUACACUUUGGGCACCAGUCAAUUGUAACCACGGCCCCCCAGGUCCUGGGGUAUACCGGGGAUAGCCGGGGAAAAGGGCCGUGUUUUUACUUUCCAUGUGCCCCCGCGGGGCCGGGUGACCGCGGUGGUUUUGUCAUAGCGCCAAAUUUAGCGGAGAUUGGGCCUUAUGUAGAGUCUCUGGGGUGCGGGGGCAUUUGGCCGGGGUUUAACCAUCAGUUUGUUCCCGCAGGGCGGGGAUUUUACCCGGGGUUGGCUGGACCGAAAGUCAAAGUCCCGGCUAUUUUUGCAACGUUUUUGCACACUAAGUCAUCAAUAAUAAAUAAUAUAUUGUGAUCAAAUUUUGUUCACUUGAAGCUGUUUCUAAGCUUGGAUCGAUGUUGCUAUUACUUAGAACAGGAAAUGGUCUCAGCUCGUUCACUUCACCGAGAAACUAAGUAUUGUGACCAACCUUGAAAUAUAAGCAGCAUGCAUACACAUGUAUACGUUCAUUUAGGAGGACAUGUACCAAACUCAUUGAUAACUUAAGUUUAUUCAAUAAUUUGUCAUUACAUUGUACUCUCACUUUUGCAGAUAAUUUGAAAAAUGGAUUUGACGGAUGCAUCCAUGGAUUUGUCAGCGGUAACUGUGACUGAGGAUAAUGGAAAAAUGUUUGUGUGCAGCAUAUGUACCUAUUCAACUGACUACAAAAGCAACCUGAAAAGGCAUAUGAAUGUACAAAGAGACAUACCAAGGACCAGCACUCCAAAAUCUAAAGAAAAUGCGAAUGAAAUAUCGAAGCCAUUAAAUAUUAUGUGUAUUGUAUAUAUACUGUUAUUGUGUUACGAUCAUCUUGGUCCAUUUUUACAUGCUAUCCCCAGUACACAUUGCUCAACUUUGAAACUAUCCCCAGUACACAAAACGGCUAUCCCCGGUACAGUAUCGUGAACAUUUGUAAGGGCAUAUCUUUAACAGUUUAAAAGUUACAAUGCCAGUUUUUACAAUAAACAUAGUUUAGCUUAUGUUUGUAAAAUCCUUCGAUUCAGAUUUCUUUAUUUAUUCGAUAUAUUUCCUAAGAUUACAAUACUUGUCGAAAUUCUGUGAGUUUUGAGGUGAUCAUCACAGAUUUAAAGUAACAUUUUUCAUGGUCUGCUAAUUUUUAAGCAUUAUAAAGCACAUCAUAGGCCAAAUUUAGCAUUCAGCUAUUAGUUCAAACACUUGUUUCAUUUGUGGAUACGGUAGAUAAUCGUUAACACAGCAAGAUCUUACCUCUGGUCUAGAAAAACAACAGCAUAUUGGUAUGUUUACUUAUCACUUUUUGAGCUAUAUCCGGUGUCCAUUCCCACACAGUGUCACAAAGAGCUGAAACAUAUAUGAGACGUCGUCAACGAAAUUGAUACACAUUUAUCGAGGUUUACCGCCUCAUUGGCAGACAUUCAUAGCUAUUUGUACAUAGUCUCAUUUUUUCUUCAAAUUGAAUUUCAAACAUUAUUAAAAGUUUCGUAUGCAAUUUUUUGUUUUUGUUAAAAUUGUUUUUGUUGAGAACGUGAAUACCUCAACUCAAUUUCGCAGACAACGUCACAUAUCAUUCAUACCAAUUGGAAACUAAAACAUUAGAUACGCAUUGAAAAUGUUCGGAUACAUACAAAAUUGAUUAAAAAAAGAUGCUCUUUAAUUAUUUUGGAAAUAUUCUUAUAUCGGAAUUCUAGUACUUGGGUUUUAUCAAUUGAGUUAUUUAAAAGCUCGCCAAUGGGUAUUGAGUUAUAUAUUGGCAUCAGCAGCGUAUUUUCCGUUGAUCAUGAA